GGAAGGACCCAGCCACAGAUCCUGCGUGGAGCCUAGAGAGUCUGACCUCCAGCUUAAGACUUAGGGAUUUUGGCUGCUUUGUCCUGACUUGUGGGAACUCUGCGCUGAAGAUGGCUGAUCCCUGGCAGGAAUGCAUGGACUACGCAGUGACCCUAGCAAGACGAGCUGGAGAGGUGGUUCGUGAAGCUAUAAAAAAUGAAAUGAAUGUUAUGAUUAAAAGUUCUCCAGCUGAUUUGGUAACGGCUACUGACCAAAAAAUUGAAAAAAUGCUUAUCUCUUCCAUAAAGGAGAAGUAUCCAACUCACAGUUUCAUUGGUGAGGAAUCUGUGGCAGCUGGAGAGAAAAGUGUCUUAACGGACAGCCCUACAUGGAUCAUUGACCCUAUUGAUGGAACAACUAAUUUUGUACAUAGGUUUCCUUUUGUAGCUGUUUCAAUUGGCUUUACUGUAAAUAAAAAGAUGGAAUUUGGAGUUGUGUACAGUUGCCUGGAGGAUAAGAUGUACACUGGCAGGAAAGGGAAGGGAGCCUUUUGUAAUGGUCAGAAACUACAGGUUUCACAGCAAGAAGAUAUUACCCAAUCACUCUUGGUGACCGAGUUUGGCUCUUCUAGAACACCAGAGACUGUGAGAACUGUUCUUUCUAAUCUGGAAAGGCUUUUGUGUAUUCCCAUUCAUGGGAUCCGAGGUGUUGGAACAGCAGCUAUUAAUAUGUGCCUUGUGGCAACUGGCGUUGCAGACGCGUAUUACGAGAUGGGCAUUCACUGCUGGGAUAUGGCGGGGGCUGGCGUCAUUGUUACCGAAGCUGGUGGGGUGCUGAUGGACGUGACAGGCGAGCCAUUUGACUUGAUGUCACGAAGAAUAAUUGCUGCAAAUAGUAAAACAUUAGCAGAAAGGAUAGUCAAAGAAAUCCAAGUAGUACCCUUUCAAAGAGAUGAUGAAGAUUAAUUGCAACAGCCUCACCCAUUCACGCACUUUCCCCGUCUCCCCCGUAUUUGCUGACACACUGAUGGUGUUAUAAAAUUUAGGACAUUUAUUUCAGAUGUAUAACAUGAUUGGUUGAAGUGGUCUUUGCUAUCCAGAUUACAAAAUUGCAGUUUGCUAUAUAUUUUACUAAGACUAGGUGUGCAAGAACAGAUGAAAUGUUUCAUUGUUUUAGUAAACUUUGCAUGUAAGAGUGCACUUUGGGAAAGAGACACAGGUAGUUAAGACAAGGUAUCAAUCACCAACUGAAAUAGUCAGCAGUUGUUUAUUUCUAAGUAUAUAUGAGCCUCUGAAAUUUUGACUGUGUACAUAAGCAUUCUUAACUACAAAGUUCUCUUUAGUUCCCAAAGCUAUAUUUAAUUAAAUUUGUAGUAAUAAUAUAAUGAAUCCUUCCUAGCCCAAGGUUUUUUUCCCCCCCAGAGGACCUUGCUUUAUUCAUCAGUAUACAUGUAGCACCUAGCAGAGUAUUUGUCAAACAUGGGUGGUCCAAAAAUAAGCAUUCAAAAGAAUAUUUUGAAGGUAGCAAUUCCUAGUUCUACAUGAAGCAAUGAGCUCGCUCUUUAUUUUUACUCCAGUUGUUAAAGAUGGUCUCAUCCUUUUCAUAUUUUAUAUGUUAUCAUUCCUUUUAACUCUUAACAUUGCCAUGCCAUUUCAAUUCCUUCCUAAAUGUGGGCAUUUCUGCAGUUAAUGUUUUCCAAGACACUACAUUAUAGUAUUUGGAAUUCUCUAAAGUCCCCAUGUAAAAAGAACUAGUUUCAAAGAGGCAUUCUUAUCAGGGAUCUUCAUUCCUACUAUAAUUAGAUAUAGCAUAAACUUGUACUAAAUUCAGGGGCACCUGGGUAGCUCAGUCGGUUAAGGGGCCAACUUCGGCUCAGGUUACGAUCUCAGAGUUUGUGGG